AUGGAAUCGUCCCAGACCAACACCGCUGAAAGCCCUGCUUCGGCCAACGGAGGCACCGUUGACACCGAGUGCAAUGCCUCGCCAACCCCCGGAGAGUCCCGCGUUCUUGCCCCAAGCCUUCCACCUGGUUUCGCCGCUUCUCUUGGGCUCGAGCCCCGGCGUAAAUUGAGUGAAGGGGCCCCCGUUACACGACUUGCGUCACAGGACAAGCAUCUCACCUGCAAGGAGGAAGAAAUUGCAUUCGAGAACGGCGCACUCGAUGGAGCUAAGGCUCGGUGUCAUCAACUGGCUGUGGAUAUCGAGAAGCUGAAAGCUGAGAAGGCUCAGGUGGAGCGGGAGAAACGGAUCGCGGAAACCAAGAAUGAGGUACUGGAGGCUGAAGUUCGGCACCAGAAGGAGGUCAUCGAACGCCUCCGAGAGGUUCUCAAAAGCCAUCGCCUAUUGUAG